AUGGCCGAUGUUCAGCCCCGGGAUGCGGCGCAGUUCUACAACCUGCCGGAUCUCUACCCGGAGGAGUGGCCCGCACAGCUAGACUCCGACAGCGAUGGCGAGGGUGAAGGCCCCUCGAAGAGCGAUGACUAUCGCCGCCGGUCCCAGAUACGAUACUCCGGCCUGAUUGCAGGGAAACGAGACCAGGAAAGGUUCAAAGGCGGCGAUGGCACAGCGCUGAAGGACGAGCCUGAUCCCCUCGGAGGGCCAGAUACGAUUCUAAGAACAUUAAGGAUGCGCGGGCUCCCCGUCGACGACGAGAGAGUGCGGAAGCAGUUCUUGCUCUCUUCCAAGAACUUUUCAGCGUCUGAUUUCCUCUCUGAAACGCAGGAGUCAGCCUCGACUCAGUCACUUCUUCAGGGGUUGGACUACCUGUCAAGGUCAAUUGAUGAGAAGUCUGCCUCGCUGAAGAUGCUGGUCGAAUCAAACUUUGAGAGAUUCGUGCGAGUCAAGGCAACACUAGAUAACGUCUAUACGGAAAUGAAGAAUAGUGGUGAGAGCAAUUCGCGACUGCAUAGGUCUCCAUCUGGCGAGCACCGCAGGUCAGGCUCCCAAUUAGGUGGUUCAGCUACCACAGGCUUAUGGCGAUCGAAGAGCAAGCCUGCCCUUCGGCCAGAUACACCAAGCUCUGGAAGUCUGACAAAUGUCUCUGGCAUCAGUACUCCGUUGGCAGAAGCAUCUGAACAAGCACGGGAACUAUGGAGUGAAGCUUUGAACGGUCAGCAGCGCGAGGAAGGUCUCAAAUCUAUUUUAGAUGCAGUCGAAAAGCAGCGUGAGAUGUAUGAAAUCGGAGGCCAUUUAUCAAAAUCCAUCCAGGAGCGUGAUUACCAGACGAUCUUCGAUCAAUAUAACAGCGCUAGGAGAUUUGCAAACGAGGCGAAGGCUGUUGCAGAACGGGCUGCAUCGACUAAACAGCCGCUUAGAGAUGAACAGGUCUAUACCAUUCUGGUCACUGGAAGAAUGUGGAUGGACGUCGAAAAGCAAAUCCAAGCAUUCAAACGCGAUUUAUGGAAACGACUUAGCAAUGCACAAUCUACCUCACCCGUUGGCGCGGGCGGUGUGCAAGCUGAGGAGCAUAUGGAACUUAUAGCCGCUCUCCUUGAACUUGGAGUAGAAGAUAACCCGGUAUGGGUCUGGCUCCUUAGCCGCUAUGAUUACUUGAAGAACAAGAUUACUGCCUUCUGCCAAAGGUCAAGAUUUGAGAUUGAGACUCUAAGGCGACGGCUUGCCGCCGGGAAGAAGCCUGAUCCACAACUUGUCGCUCCCUACCUGCGGAAUUCUCUAAGCGAGGGAUCUAGACCCAGCAGACAUCACCUUGACUCAGAAUCAGUAAUUGAACUCUGGGAAUGUAUACACACCUUCUUAAAGAAACUACUUUCCGUCCAAGGCGGCAUUCUUGGAGAUGUACUUGGGUUCUGGGAUUCCACGCAGUCUUUUCUUGAUGGAAGCAAACAGAGAUUGUUACCCGCUGGAUUUGACGGUGAGAGCCGGAAACAUCACCGCCUGUCCACCAACGGAGUCAACGAUCUCAAAGAUGGCAUCAUCGAGCUUAUGGGUCUGAUCCGCGACAAUGUUGUCACCAUUUUUGCCGAACCUCCUGAAGACCUGGCCUCUCUCAUCCCCUCUGCUCUGCCAACAAGUCCAACUGUCCCCUUUACUGGGCUUACACCCGAAUCUCGUUUGAUGGUUGAUCCCCAGAAUAUUCCUCCGCUACCAGAGAAAACAGGGCAGCCGUGGGAUGAUUUCGCAUUCUGGCCGCCCUACUCAAACUCCCUGAGUGGAGUACACUACCUCGGUGAAUUCUUAAUUUUAAUCGGCACUGCUGCAAGCGAGAUGGCUUCUCUAAGCCCCAUAUCAGGCCACAGCGGCUCCUAUGAUAGACUGAAACUCCUGGUGAGCGGAACCCGUGAAAGAUGCGCUCGUGCUGCUUGUGCCGCGUGGAAUAGUGAUGCCGAACUCUGCAAAUACCUUGAAGAUUGGACGCGGCACCAAACAAUUAAGAGUUUGAGUAAAAUGCCGAGUUAUUUUAUGACCUUUGAAUCUUCAAUUCUUUCUGGGAUGCAAAAAAUACUAUAUAUUUCUGAAUCGAUGAGAAAACCUGGUGCGGUAGAAGUUAUUACACCUCCUCCGGCAAAACUUCUCCAAUUGGUGAGAACGCAGUUCGUGACUAGCGUGUACAAAGCCUUGAGUGGCCUAGUUGAAAACGCUGAGCACCCAGUGAACGCUGACGUCGACGUUGAAUGGGUACUUCCUAGCCCUGAGGGUGCAGCAACAGGCCCAGAUACCCAUUCUUCCGUCUUUGCAAGUGGAGGAGUUGACUCAAACAACAGGAACGUCCGUAUAUUAUUGACUCUGUCCAAUCUCAAAUCUCUCCGUGCUGAGCACGUACCACAACUCAUCACGACAUUUGAGUCUUCAUUCGCUGUGAAACUGACGGACGAAUCGAAAACCAUUCAAGAUGUACUGGGCCAGAUUGAUACCCGUUUGUUCCAGUCAUAUCUCAAACCGAUAGUUGAAACCCUGAAACAUACUAUCCUUGAGGGAAUCGCAUCCCCUGACUGGGUUCCAGCAAACAGUCGCCCAGAUCAAAUCCGACCAUACGUAUAUUCAACGAUGCUCUCACUUGUAAUGGUUCACAAUGAGGUCUCUACCACCCUUCCAAUGAGGGUUCCAACUCCCCAGUCUUCCUCCUCAUCUAAUCUGACCAAUAAAAUUCUGGCUGAACUUCUCACUCAGGUCUCCAGUGCUCUGCUCGAGGCAUUCAUGAGACGGUCCCAGUAUACUCUGCCUGCGCUCAUGCAAGCUACCUUGGACACGGAGUUUAUCGCCCAAACACUAUCUCAAUACUCAACCGAUGCUGCAUCCAAGGUUCAAGGACAAAUAUACCUUGAACUAGACCGCAGGACCACCAAUGAUGCUCGUGCAAAGCUACAGGCCGAACUUGGUGAGAUGCGUGGCGUUUUGAAGAGGUUGAGGGAAGCCACUCGUGGAGAAUUUGCAUGCUUCAGGAAACCGAAAACUCCGAGCUCCUCGAAGUAA